AGUUUUGCGAUCCUUGGUGGAUUCGGUGGGAGCUUCCCCGUUCUUUUCUCCUGCUACUCAAGUGUAUAUCGCAGAUCCGUUGUUGGAGCUCUCUUUGUUAUCGACACAUUGCACAGUGCAGUGUACAACUUGUCGUUUGUUCGUGGCAUCAGGGCUGAUUCUCAUAGGGCUGUGUACGCGGGGUGGCAAUCUUGCGUGUCUAACUACGGAAACCCGGCCAGUUUAGGAUAUGUUGGCUGGACCAUCCCCUUCACGGCUGUCGCGACGUCUCUGACCGCGAUUGUCUCUCAAAUCUUUCUGGCCCACAGGUGAAAAACUUGGUAACUGUAUAAUUUGACCGAUACCAAGGAUGAUGGCAGGGUAUAUCUUCUCACCAACAGCGAAGCGCUGUUUUGUUCCAUCUCUUUCUUGUCGGUGCUAGGCUUUGUCUUUGGCUGCGUUGCUGGCAUCAAGUCUGGGAUUAUCGACGAAGUAGCCAAAUUUGGUCCCAUAGCGGCAUAUGUCACCGUCUGGCUUGCGUUCCAGACGAGCGCGGAUAUAGCCAUCACCAUGUGCCUUACCAUUUCGUUGACACGUUCCAAGACUGGCUUCCGGGCCACAGACAGUGUCAUCAAUAAGCUCAUCGGAGGAGCCAUCAGGACGGGGUUGUUCGCUUCAAUGUUUGCAUUCGGAGAUUUGUUUUCGUUCCUUCUGCACCGAAACACCAACCUGUAUGCGAUGUUUGCAUACCCGAUUGGGCGCAUUUAUACCAAUACCUUGCUUCAUACCCUCAAUGCACGCGUGGGCCCAGAUUCGCGAGACAACACUAUACACUUGUCGACCCGAGCUGCACCGAUCACCCAUGUCACCUCGGUUUUUGUUCGAAAGGAAGUCGCUACCGACGAAGGCUCUGAAGAGAGACUGGAGUAGGGAUGUCAGUGUCAAGUACCACACUCAAUGAUCAUACAUCGUUGAUGGACCAUGCCACCGAAUGACAUUUGCGCACCGACCGAUGCAGCGGCUCGGCCUCUGUCCACACGCAUGUCGGCGCGUUGCCGGCUAGGGCGUAUUGCAUUGUGACGGCGUACCGACCGACUUUCUAAGCCUCGACGUCCCUGGGACUACUCACCGGGCUGCAAGCCAUUACGGAUGUUGACCGUCACUGCGAACGAUGAUGACCGUUCACGAAACAUAUCAUCCCCAUGUGACAGAUCCCCGACGAACUUGAUCGUGUCUGUCACCAACACGCUGACGAACCCACUAGGACGAAAGAGACAAUGCCGGGUCUGGUCAGGGCAAUGAACUUGGUAAUGGAAAGUCCGCCGAAUAUCGGAGAACAACAGAUGUUUGAGUAGCUGCAGACAUGAUUCAUCUUUCGAAAUUUGGAUAGGUCGGCUCUAGUCCAAAUCGAGCAUAGAUAGACACGGCAGAGACAUCGAGACCUGAUCAUUGCCCGCCCGAAACAAUCAACUUCGAGGGACACGCACGAGCGUGAUCAAAAAGAUGUGUGACGUGACGCUGAUUUUGAUUACAUCUCUUCCCGUUGUUCCCCCUCGUCGCUGUGGCCUCUCGACACUCACGGCAUCGACCCCCCCUGCUGUCUGCUGCCCUGCAGUAGCCCUCACGCUCGUUCAUCGCUCUUCGCUCUAUUAGGAUAUCCAUAUUGUUAUGCUCCUCCUACCCCUCUUGUCCCUUUUCCUCUCUGCUGUCCACGUUCAUGCCGUUCACGACCCUCGUAACCUUUCGCAUGGCCGUCGAACACAGGCAGCGCGCUAUCGACACCGUACAGAUGCUGUAGCGCGGGACGGCUCUCCCUUCGCUCUUCCGAGCGAUACUCCGGCAGGCUCUGUGUCCUCACCAGCACAGACGGUUUCGACGGACACUCCAUUUGGCGUAGGACAGUCGACUAGUCUCCCCCCUGCGACUUCCACGACUUCUACGACAGUCUCUGGCUCAGCGUCAACGGUAACGAGCAGCGCGACUUCGACGACCACAGACAGCUCGUCUGCCUCUGUGAUCAGUUCGGCAAACAUUCCGACGUCGAGCCCGACGGCGACGGACACCGCCUCUUCCAUCGUCCCCACGUCAGAUGGUGUCUCACCCUCGGCGACAGCAUCCGCAUCUACGACACCUACAGACAUCUUGAGCGCACUACCAAGCAUCAUAUCGAGCGUAUUGUCUACGAUCACGGAUACUAGCCUUCCUUCAUCGGCUGUCUCCAGUGUACCUGCGAGUGCGACGACAACGGAUUCUGCCAGCGGAUCUGCGAGUUUGAUCUUCAGCUCGACGACUAUCUUCAGCGCAAGUCAAGUCGUGUCCAAUCCACCGAGCAGUGCUCCAACUAGCGCACCAAUUAGCGCACCAACCAGCGCACCGACCAGCGCACCGACCAGUGCACCAACCAGCGCGGCUACCAGCGCGGCUCCCAGUGCGCCUACUAGUGCACCGACAAGCGCUCCGACAUCCGAUGCUCCGUCGUCCACGAUCUUGUCUCUCAGCGUUCCGUUCAGCAUCAGCUUGCCUGUGAGCUCUCCGCUCAGUGCGCCUGCUAGUAGUGCGGCCGCCAGCAGCGUUCCUGCUAGCUCUGCGCCUAUCACGGAUGUGCCGGCUAGCUCUGCGCCAGUAAGCUCUAUUGCUCCGGCCAGCUCCGCGCCUGUUAGCUCCGGUUCCCCGCCCGUUUCGUCUGCUUCUGUGACCACAUCCGGUGUCACGGACGUGCCAGUUUCGUCCACCAUUGUCAGCUCGGCUCCAUCCAGCUCAGUCCCAGUCAGCCAGUCUGAUGCCCCGGCCAGCUCUGGGGUGGCAAGCUCCAGUGCACCUGCAUUCCCCAGCGGAUCCGGAAGCGUUGUAUCGUCGGCUUUCUUCAGCGUCGCUAGCUCCGUCAGCGGCAGUGAUAUUGCAUCGUCGACUACGGUUGUUACUCCAUCUGUUGCGUCAGACCUCACCUUCGUGUUGACCGCCUCGUCGUUGGCGAUUGCCAGUAUCACAACUUCCUCCUCGAGCCUCUCUCUUUCUAAUCCGGAUGCCCCGACCACGACCUUCUCGGCCACGAACACAGCUGCAACGGCUUUGACGACUGCUCCAUUGCCCACGGACUUGCCUUCGAGAAUCUAUCCUCCGUCUGGGGCUAUCGGUAACCCGGGUGCAAACUACUCGUUCAUCAGUCUCCUGUUCGACGGUGGUCUCGGUUGGGAAUUUGUCUGCCAAAGCGAUCUGGCCAGCUCUCAGAUCUUUGCUAUGAUGCCCGUCAUCUUGUCGUCUGCCAUGAAUGUACCUAGCGAUCAAGUAUUCACAUUUUCACUCGAUGUCUUUGUCCCUGCAGACUACAGUGGGCCAUCACACGCCGGGGACUUGCAGACCGUAUAUCUCGGUUACAUCCCUACGGACAGCAUUCCGUUGCUGCAGCAGGAGUUGAAGAGCAAAAACUCUCAAUUCUACACAGGGUCGUCCGUUCCCCUGGCCUCCCAAUUGGCUUCGCACAUCAUCUCAGCCUUUGCUCUGGACUCGGUGGCCGACCCGAACGCCCCAGCGGCAGGGAACGGCAAUAAAGCCGUCGGCUUCACGGGCGCCACGUCUCAGAACAAGACUCGACAAGAUGCCAUCAUCGGUGUGGUUACGACACUAGGUGUCAUUGCUGUACUCAUUCUGGUGUUUUUGGCGUACCGCGCUUUCCGUCGUCGGGCUGAACUGGCGCAUCAUCGUCUUUCGGACCCUCCCGAUGCCGGUGUCCCCCCUGCCGGCCGUGAUUUCGACCAGGACAGCAUUGGUGGUCAGCGCCGACGAAGCUUCUACUUUGCUGAAGAUUCGUUGCGCGGAUUUCCUGGACAGCGACAGGAAGAGACGCACUAUGAUAGUCGCACAGCCAACAUGACCCAAAGAAGAAACGUCAUGCCUGCCGCUAUCUCAGCGCCGAUUCUCCAGCAGAGCAGCAUGAACUGGUAA